AAUAUAGCUCAAUAACAAAUCUUUAGGCAAAAACAAAAAACAAAAACAAAAAAUAAUAUAAUUUCCUUAGAGAGGUUCAACAACCAACUACUUUCAUUUCUUCUUGGCCAACAAAUGCUGUUAAAUGAAACAAUCAAUAACUUCCAUUUAACUGUUCUCUAUGCUUCUCUGUUUUUGUGUUAAAGUUUCAAUUUAAGAGAGCCAAAACCACACGCUUUCACCAACACAACACAACACAACACCACCACCAUUUUCCACCACCACCACUCUUUAACCUCAAACAUUGUUUUUUUUCCAAACAUCCUUAAUUUCUUGUUUCUUUUGCAUUUUGCAAUUUUUAGUAAAAAAAACUGUUGCCUAUUCCUACUAUUAAUUCUUAUACUCAUUUUUUCUUCUUAACCCCAUUUCUCACAACUCUAUUUAGUGAACAUUUUUUCAUCAUCAUUGUUAUCAUCAUCACCCAUCAUUCAAAAAAAAAAAAAUCAUUUCUUUCUUAUUGUUUCAUUUUUUGCAUGCUAGAGAAAAAAGAAGAAAAUACACAAGAACAAGAAAUAAUUAUGAGUGUAAUGGGAAAAACUAGAUCCAUUUUAACAAUGAGUGGAAGAUUUAUGAAUGAAGCAAUAAGUUUCAUAGUCUUUUGUUUACUUGACCUAGUCGAUUUUACGCUAUGUUUUCUCUUUAAAUCGGUUGAUAUGUUAGUUGAAUCCGAAUGUAAACCGUGUUAUUGUUCAUCUUCGGCUAAAGAAGCAAUAACAAGUGGUGGAAAGAUCUUGGUUUCGGAGCAUGGAGGUGAAUCGAAAAUUGUUUCACUUAGUUCAACUAAGUUACAAUUGGAAGAUAUAUCUGACACGCUUUAUUCUCGUCCUUCGUUGGUUUCUGAGGUUUCGAGGUUAACUAUGAACGAAAUUAAAAAGUUUAAGUUAGAAGAUCCUGUUCUUCAUCAAUCAAAAAGGAAUAAUUACUCGCGGUGUUCGAGUUUUACCGGGAAUACUACUAUUGUGGAAAUGCUUCAAGGUAAAAUUGGGAACCAAGAUGUUCAUCCUAUUCCUAGAUGGUCAGAUUGUGAUUGUAAAGAAUGUUGUUCUUGGAUUGAUCCUUCUAGUAAACCUACAUCUCUCUAUGUUAAAUCUCAAUACCCUACCUCAGGUGAAGCAAAAGAAAAUGUGUUGUUCAUACAUGGAUUCAUUUCAUCAUCCUUAUUUUGGACAGAAACAUUGUUCCCAAAUUUUUCAAGUGUAGCAAAAUCAAGUUAUCGUUUAUUUGCAGUUGAUUUACUAGGUUUUGGGAAUAGUCCUAAGCCUAAUGAAUCAUUGUACACAUUAAGGGAACACUUAGAUAUGAUAGAGAAAUCAGUUUUGGAGGCCCAUAAAGUUCAAUCAUUCCAUAUUGUGGCCCAUUCCUUGGGAUCAAUUUUAGCUUUAGCACUUGCAGCUAAAUACCCUCAAUCUGUUAAGUCAAUUACUUUGAUAGCACCACCUUACUAUCCGGUACCUAAGGGUGAAGCACAACCUACACAAUAUGUGAUGAGACAAAUGGCCCCGAGGCGUGUGUUUCCGCCUUUGGCGCUCGGCUCGUCGUUGUUUUUUUGGUAUGAACAUAUAACUAGGAUGAUUUGUUUCCUCAUUUGCAAGAAUCAUCGUCUUUGGAUAUUUCUCGCCAGACUCAUCACUAGAAACAGGGUGAGGACUUACUUGCUUGAAGGAUUCUUUAGUCACACCCAUAAUGCAGCGUGGCAUACACUACAUAACAUUAUAUGUGGAGCUGGUGCAAAAGUUGGAUCAUAUUUGGAAACAUUAAAAGGAAAUCCAAAUUGUAAAGUUACUAUAUUUCAUGGUAAAGAUGAUUUGGUUAUUCCUACUGAUUGUAGCUAUGAUUUGAAGAAAAACUUUCCAAGUGCAACACUUAGAGUUAUUGAUGAUAAAGAUCAUAUAACUAUUGUUGUUGGAAGACAAAAAGAUUUUGCUAGAGAGUUGGAGGAGAUUUGGAGCUCUACCAACAACAAUAACUAGAGAAUUAUGUUUUGUGUUUAGAGAAGUUCUUGAACAAAUUUAAGUGUUAACUUUUGUCUAUGUAAACUCAAGUGUUGUUUGUAUCUUUUCUCAUAAAUUACAUCUUGCUUACCAAA